UUUUCUCCUCCUUUUUCUUCUGCUCUGUGUGGUUGAAACAGCAAUCUCUUCACCUUAAACUCUUGGUUCCCUUUCUGUGUUUUUUCAUGGAAAUUGCAGAAUUGCAGCAAGGCCUUCACGUCCAUCCUUCCUGACCACAGGUUCGGCCGACAGAUGACUGCCCUGUCCUCUGGCUGGCUGUAGUACUCCGCCCCGGUGCCACCCACUGGGAACCAUGGAGUCCAAGGAUGAGAGCUCACCGGUAUGGCCCACGGCCGCGGAGCACGAGCAGAGCACUGCCCAGGUGCACUUUGUUCCGGAUGCUGGAACCGUGGCUCAGAUCGUCUACACUGAUGACCAGGUCCGCCCGCCCCAGCAGGUGGUGUACACGGCAGAUGGUGCCUCCUACACGUCAGUGGACGGGCCAGAGCACACCCUGGUGUACAUCCAUCCGGUAGAAGCUGCACAGACUCUGUUUACAGACCCAGGCCAGGUAGCUUAUGUCCAGCAAGAUGCUACCACUCAGCAGGCCACGUUGCCAGUACAUAACCAGGUGCUGCCCUCCAUUGAGAGUGUGGAUGGUUCCGACCCUUUGGCAGCUCUGCAGAACCCUAUUGGGAGACUGGAGGCAAAAGAGGAAGAAGAUGAGGACGAGGAUGAGGAUACGGAGGAAGAUGAGGAAGAAGAUGGUGAAGACACAGAUCUGGAUGACUGGGAGCCAGACCCGCCCCGGCCCUUUGACCCCCAUGACUUAUGGUGUGAGGAGUGUAACAACGCCCAUUCUUCAGUGUGCCCAAAGCAUGGCCCCUUGCACCCAAUCCCUAACCGGCCCGUGCUCACCCGCGCCAGAGCGAGUCUGCCCCUCGUCCUCUACAUUGACAGGUUCCUGGGCGGGGUGUUCUCCAAGAGGCGCAUCCCCAAACGCACCCAGUUUGGCCCCGUGGAGGGACCCCUCGUCAGGGGCUCUGAGCUCAAAGACUGUUACAUUCACCUAAAGGUUUCUCUUGAUAAAGGGGACAGAAAAGACAGGGAUUUGCAUGAAGACCUGUGGUUUGAGUUGUCUGAUGAGACCCUUUGUAACUGGAUGAUGUUUGUACGUCCAGCCCAGAACCACUUGGAGCAGAACCUGGUGGCGUACCAGUAUGGCCACCACGUGUACUAUACGACGAUAAAGAACGUGGAACCCAAGCAGGAGCUGAAGGUGUGGUAUGCUGCUUCCUACGCUGAGUUUGUGAACCAGAAAAUUCAUGACAUCUCUGAGGAAGAAAGGAAAGUUCUUCGAGAGCAAGAGAAGAAUUGGCCUUGCUACGAAUGCAAUCGCCGGUUUGUGAGCUCAGAACAGUUGCAGCAGCACCUCAAUUCUCAUGAUGAGAAACUGGAUGUGUUUAGCAGAACGAGAGGCAGAGGAAGGGGAAGAGGCAAGAGACGAUUUGGCCCAGGUCGGCGGCCAGGGCGUCCUCCCAAAUUGAUCCGCUUGGAAAUAACCAGCGAGAAUGGGGAAAAGAGUGAUGAUGGGACACAGGACUUGCUACAUUUUCCCACAAAGGAGCAGUUUGAUGAGGCUGAACCAGCUACUCCAAAUGGACUGGACCAACCAGUACAAACCCCUGUCUCACUGCCUCAGCCGCCACAGGAAACCCCAGCUCCUCUGGACCACGAACCAGAAACCCACACCCUGCACCUGCAGCCUCAGCAGGAGGAGAAUGCAGGACCCACCCAGAGCACCCUGACUGCCGACGACAUGCGCAGAGCCAAACGCAUCCGAAACGCAGCUCUUCAGCAUCUGUUUAUUCGGAAGUCUUUCCGGCCUUUUAAGUGUUUGCAGUGUGGGAAGGCCUUCCGGGAGAAGGACAAACUGGACCAACACUUGCGCUUCCAUGGGCGGGAGGGGACCUGCCCGCUGACCUGUGACCUCUGUAACAAGGGCUUCAUCAGCAGUGCGUCCCUGGAGAGCCACAUGAAGCUCCAUUCGGACCAGAAGACUUACUCUUGCAUUUUUUGCCCAGACUCCUUUGACCGUCUUGAUCUGUUGAAAGAUCACGUGGCCAUUCACAUCAAUGAUGGCUACUUCACCUGCCCAACUUGUAAGAAACGAUUCCCAGAUUUUAUCCAGGUGAAAAAGCACGUGCGCAGCUUCCACUCGGAGAAGAUCUACCAGUGCACAGAAUGUGACAAGGCCUUCUGUCGCCCCGACAAGCUGCGGCUGCACAUGCUCCGGCACUCGGACCGCAAAGACUUCCUGUGCUCCACCUGUGGGAAGCAGUUUAAGCGGAAAGACAAACUGCGGGAACACAUGCAGAGGAUGCACAACCCGGAGAGGGAGGCCAAGAAGGCCGACCGCGUGAGCCGCUGCAAGACCUUCAAACCUCGCAGCACCUCCACCGACUACGACAGCUUCACCUUCAAGUGCCGCCUGUGCAUGAUGGGCUUCCGGCGGCGAGGCAUGCUGGUCAAUCACUUGUCCAAGAGGCACCCAGACAUGAAGAUUGAGGAGGUGCCAGAGCUGACCCUACCCAUCAUUAAACCCAACCGUGACUACUUCUGUCAGUACUGUGAUAAGGUCUAUAAAAGUGCAAGUAAGCGAAAGGCCCACAUUCUGAAGAAUCACCCCGGAGCUGAGCUGCCACCAAGCAUCAGGAAGCUCCGUCCUGCUGGCCCCGGCGAGCCCGACCCCAUGCUGCGCACGCACACCCAGCUCACGGGCACCAUCGCCACCCCUCCCGUCUGCUGCCCGCACUGCUCCAAGCAGUACAGCAGCAAGACCAAAAUGGUCCAGCACAUUCGAAAGAAGCAUCCGGAAUAUGCCCAGCUGCCCAACACCAUCCACACACCUUUGACGACGGCCGUGAUCAGCGCCACCCCAGCCGUCCUGACGACAGAUAGCACCACUGGAGAGACCGUGGUGACAACAGACCUGCUAACCCAGGCAAUGACAGAAUUGUCCCAGACCCUAACAACAGAUUACCGAACGCCCCAGGGGGACUACCAGAGGAUUCAGUAUAUCCCAGUGUCUCAGGCUGCAUCCGGUCUCCAGCAGCCUCAACACAUCCAGCUCCAGGUGGUACAGGUAGCUCCGGCCACCUCCCCUCACCAGGCUCAGCAGCCCACCGUGGAUGUUGGCCAGCUCCACGACCCUCAGACCUACACCCCGCAUGCCAUCCAGGUGCAGCACAUCCAGGUGACGGAGGCCCCCACCUCAACACCCUCACCUGCCCAGGUCACGGGGCAGCCUUUGAGCCCCUCUCCACAGCAGUCGCAGCAGGGGCUCAGCCCCUCCCACAUGCCAGGCAGUUCCUCUGCACAAGGACCGGCCCUGCAGCAGCAGCAGAGCUCCUCUGUCCAGCACACGUACCUGCCCAAUGCUUGGAAUUCCUUCCGUGGCUACUCAUCUGAGAUUCAAAUGAUGACACUUCCCCCAGGUCAGUUUGUGAUCACAGAUAGCAGCGUGGCGACUCCUGUCACUACCGGCCAGGUGAAGGCAGUCACUUCGGGUCAUUAUGUGUUAUCGGAAAGUCAACCAGAACUGGAGGAAAAGCAAACAGCCGCCCUCUCUGGUGCAGUCCAGGUCCAGCCGUCUGCACAUAGUGACUCCUUGGACUCCCAGAGCAGCAGCCAGCAGCAGACCACACAGUACAUCAUCACCACUACCACCAACGGGAACGGAGACAGUGAAGUGCACAUCACUAAACCUUAACUCUCCUGCUGGAGCUAGCCAAGGAGUCCCAUCAUGUCUUUGCUCAUUCAUAAGCCCGACUCCUUCUGGCACCCAGGACUCUUUUGUAAGAUUUAUUAUUCACUCAAAGAAUUUGGAAAGUACAGUUUUGAUCCUCAUACCCAGUGGGCUUUAUCUUGCCAGCAUCAUCUUUACCAAAUUAACUGUUUGAACCCUGGGUUCCUGGCACGGAAUGAAGAUCUUUCAGGGGAAAGCCAAUCUCAAGAUGGAGAAACUUUGCCUUGCUCUUAAAUAGGUUUCUUUUCUUCUUCUUCUCCUUCUUUUUUUUAAAAUACACAUGGAUAAGCCUUACUUUGCCUUUGUGGAGAUAUCAAGUGGCUUAUUGUGUUCAUACCAAAGGUGGAGAAAGAAUGUGCCAAGUCCAGGAUUGCAGGACUCCUUGAUUGCAGGCUGGCAGCCAAGGAGAAGCAGCAUUUGGUGGGCGCGGAUCACAGCAGUCUGCUUUACCUUGAGACUCUGAGUUGUCACUAAGUUAGAACAGGGAGCCUAGUUAAAUAACAACACUAUAACAAAGCAAAAACUAGACAGUAAUGUCUGAAGGGAAAGCAAUCAUCUAACUUUCAUUGCAGUUUUUUUCCUAUUUCCUCUCCAGUUGGGCAUUCUUCCCACAGAAGCCAGCCCUCAGUGGAUCUGGUCAGCAUCUCAGCUCCUGAUGGUUACUAAGUCAUUUCUCCACCGUGGUGGACUCCCUGAAAGAGCAGUGGGGGACUGGAUGUCAGUGAAAUUGAAAGCUUCGCCCCCCCAUUCUCUGGCUGUGCAUAUAUAGAAAGGGAAAGGGAAAAGAGGAAGUACUGAAACCUUAUCCGGCUUAUAGGAUCCAUUUACCAUUUCAUUGGUAAAGGAUGAAUUUCUUGCCCUUGCCAAGUAUGCAUUCAACUCCAGCCCAUAGCAUUCAGUGUGUUUUAGAACUUUAAUGCUGUCUUAACAUGAACAUUCUUUCAAGUUGGAUACAAAAGGUAGCCUUCCUUAGUGGAACACACCAUUGUCUUUAAACAGAGUAACCCCUCCAGACCUUUUUGUAAGGUGACCAAAUUCACACUUAGAAAAAAAAAAAAAGGCAUGUGGGGACCAGUUGUAAUACAUUAUGGUGAUUAUAAGGGAUCUGGAAGAAAUCUAAUCUUUGUGAGUACUAUACUGUUGGUUGGAGGAGGAAAAGAAAAUCCACUCUGACAAUAGUUUUUCUUCAGUGUGUUCCUGUUUGAGAGUCUUAAUUGCUAUAAAAAUUUAGUGGGGAGAAGUAUUUCCUUCUUUUUACUGUACAUUCCAGUUACCAUGAAAUACAUGCUGAUUUCAAAAAUCAGUAUGGAAUUUCACAACGUUAUGUGAUAUGCUAGCACAUUUUUAGAUUAAUUAUUACACAAUAGAAUACAUCACUUUAGAAUAAAAAUCAAAGUUCAAUUCAUAUGAACUCAACUAUUUUAUUUUUAUUUUAGGGAUCGAAACUGGUUCGAUGAAAAGUAUAGAAGCAUCUUUCUACCUUUCUUAGAAAGCUACCUUUCCCAAAGGCAGAUGACUGAAAUAAUUCUAUUGAAAUAACUACUAAUACCUAGAUGUUGCACUUUAUUUUUGAGACCUAAUUCAUGUAAUUAUCCCUAAAAAAAUUUGGCAUUAAGAGAACUUGAGAAAAAUAUA